CUAAAUAUGGAAUUACUUUGAAUAAAUUGAGGAAGAUAGGAGCGGAUCAUACUAGCAGGAUCUAUGGAGGUAGGAACGAUUUUCACCAUCAAUAUUUACGAAAGUUGGCUUGCAGACAAGUAGUAGGUCAUCAUGAAUCAGUAGAAAGUUAUGGUGUAAUAAAUAACCUACCUUCUUGCAAUUGUUCGAAGGUAUUCCUAAAGGACUAG